AUGGGGAAAGCAAAGGAGAAAGCGGCUGAUCUAAAUGAGCUUAAACAAGAAGUCAAAAUGGAUGAGCAUAUCAUCCCGCUCGAAGAACUUGCGGCAAGAUAUAACUCAAACAUCGAGACGGUAGGUUUUGUUGCAUUUCUGAAAUUGCAGAAUCUAUUUUACAAGAAAAGUCUCUAUAUGGACAAUGGCGAGUACUCAUAA